UAUGCAGCGGCGAAGCUGCGGCUGUGAGAACUGCUGAAGCUACGAUUUGUUGACGCCGUUUUAAAAAGAAAAAAGCGGUUGUUUUUCUUCAUUAAUGGCAGCGUCGACGUUGUGCCGCUGUUGACUCGUAAACUAAACCGUGAUCGUGUGAUUUCAGAGCGGAGCGCAGACUUUUUUAGCCGCUUUCUCCGCGGACACGUGGGCUGCAGGACACGCUCAGCAGAGACGGAGCCGCGAUGAGGAGAAAAGGUGUUAAAGCUGUUCCAGCAGCGAUGGCUGGUGGUGAUAACGAUGAGGAGGAGUUGUCCCCAGAUGAUGAACACAUCAUCAGCGCCAGUGAGGAGGAGGAGGGCAGCGACGAUGAGAGGAAACACGCCAAACUGCUGGAGGCCAUCAGCUCUCUGGGGAAGAGGAGAAGGAUGAAGCAGACAGAGCGGUCAGAAGCAAGUGUGCAGGUUUCUGAAUUCUCGGUCAACGCGGAUGGAGCUGGAGAAAAGGUCAACCUCUCUGACCUGCUGGGCACCAUGGACAAAACACCUGGAGCACCAAACAAGACCAAGCAGCAGCUGAAGAAUCUGCAGAACCGCAAAGAGACACUGGAGCUGCCGCUCAGCAAACAGCAGACAGAGAAGAUCCAGAGAGAGGUGGCAUAUGACAAGAGCAGUAAGGAGGUGUCCCGGUGGGAGACUGUUAUCACUCAGAACCAGAAGGCAGAGCAGCUGGUCUUCCCACUCAGGCAGGACCCAACAGGACCUAAACGCAUGGAGCAAGUGGUGGCCGGCUGGAAGGCUGAAACUCCACUGGAGAAGGAGAUCUUCAGCCUCCUCCACAGCAACAAUCAGCCCAUCCACGACCCCGUGCUCACCCCAGCAGAGGAAGCUUCCAUCAAGGCUAUGAGUCUAGAGGAGGCGAAGAUGCGCCGAGCCGAGCUCCAAAAGGCCAGAGCGCUCCAGUCUUACUACGAGGCCAAAGCCAGGAGAGAGAGAAAAAUCAAAAGCAAGAAGUAUCAUAAGGUGCAGAAGAAGGCUAAGAGGAAGGAGUUUCUGAAGCAGUUUGAUGAGAUGAUGAAGACGGAUCCUGCUGGUGCUCUGGAGGAGCUGAAGAAGAUGGAGCUGUCCAGGAUGGAGGAAAGGAUGUCACUGAAACAUCAAAACAGCGGCAAAUGGGCCAAGUCAAAGGCCAUCAUGGCGAAAUAUGAUGAUUCGGCUCGUAAAGCCAUGCAGGAACAGCUGGAGAUGAAUAAGCAGCUCACCCAGAAGCUUGUGGUGCCUUCAGACGACGAUGAGGAGAAAAACGGCGAAGAAGCGGAAGCUCUUCCAGAUUUCGUGAAUGAUCCUGAGCCGAUCUUGGACUCCGUUAACCCCUGGAUGAGGGGCAAGCUGACCAAAGAGCUUUCAGAGCCAGAGGUCACUGCUGUCGCAACGGAAAUGACAACUGAAGCUAAAGAUGAGAGACCGAACGGCCAGCAAGAGGAGCAAGAAGAGGAUGAGGAAGAGGAGGAGAACGAGGAAGAAAAACUGCUGAGGGAGUUUGAGAGGAAGCGCAAGCUCCGACAGGAUGAAGACGACGAUUUGGUUCCAGUUCCACAAGAAGAGAAGCAGGCGUUCCCUGUGGAUGUAGCUGAAGCAGAACAGGUAGCCAAAAAAGAAGAGGCUGCUGGUGAGGCCGAGAUAGAAAUUGCAGAUGAUGAUGAUGAUGAUGAUGAAGAUAAAGAAGAGGAGGAGGAGGAAGAAGAAGAAGUCGUCGUCUCUGAGUUUAACAGCCUCUUUAACAGACUGAUGAAAAGCGGCAGUGCGCCCACAGUACCAGAGCAGACUGGGGCCGAGGGGGCCGAGCUUCUGGACGAAGGACUCGUCCGGGUCCGAAACAUGGAUGACCUGGAGGCCCUACAGCAGGACGUUGUUAUGGAAACUACGCAACCUGCACCCACCUCAGCCACACCUGCUCCCAGUGUGGAGGCCAAAUCUGGGCCUCCGAAGAAGAAGAAGAAAAAAGGAAUUGACCCAAACGAAGUUCUGACCAAAGAGGCCAAAGUCAUUAAAGUGCCUUUAGCACCGACUGUGCUGGAAGAAGAGGAAGAGGAGGUCCAUGCAGAGCAGACAGCCAUCAUCAAAGAGGCCUUCGCAGGAGAUGAUGUCAUCUCGGACUUCCUAAAAGACAAAAGGAAGCAGGAACAGGCGGGGCAGGCAAAAGUGGUGGACCUGACCCUGCCCGGCUGGGGGGAGUGGGGGGGUAUCGGCCUCAAACCUUCCAAGCGCAAACGCAGGAAAUUUCGUCUGAAAUUGCCUGCUCCUCCUCCAAGAAAAGAUCAGAACCUGCCUGCUGUCAUCGUCUCUGAAAAGAGGAACAGUUCUGUAGCCAACCAUCAGGUCAGUCAGCUGCCGUUCCCCUUCCAGAACAGCACUCAGUUCGAAAGCUGCAUCCGCUUUCCGGUCGGCCAAACCUGGAACACGCAGACCACCUUCAAAAAACUGACCGCACCCAAAGUGGUCACCAGAAUGGGUGCCAUCAUCGAGCCCAUGAGCAAAGAGGACCUUCCGCCGGAGAAGGAAAGCUCUUGGGCGGGAAAGGAAGCAGCCAUCGUACUGGGCGAGAAAGUGGAGAAAGAGACAAAGAAAGCAGGAGGAAGAAAACCACUGCAGCAGAAGAAGAAGAAGAGCAAACAGUAGAGAAAGAGAGAAAAAGAGCAUUGACUGGCGAUACUGAUGUAAUACGGGCUGUUUUGGCAGCGCCGUGCGUUAUAGUGAUUUGGAUUUCAUUGGCUAUUGAGCUCGAGUCGUCUUCAGUGAACUAUACUGAAAGAAAGGAAUAAAAGACAUUGAUUAAACUGCCUCUUCUGUACUUAAGGACAGAUUUAAAGUAAUGAGAUUUUUUCAGUGUUCUCUGUAGAAUCAACUCUACCGAGUCAUCCUUUUAUUUACUUCUUAUGAAAAGCAGAGUAUAAAGGCAUUGCUGGGCUUUUCUUGCCCUCUUUUCUCUCUUAAAGGGCCUAUAUCUUACAGUUUUUCCCUGCUUUUUUAAAGUUAACCAAUUUGUAAACAUUGAUAUGUUUUGAAACUUCAGCAUUCACAUGCCAGUCUAUGCAGUCUAUUUAUAGACUAAAGCAGGCUGUUUAGAAUUCCUUGUUUUUGUGAUGUCACAGAAACCAUGCCUGUACAUAUAUCCCCCUCAUUCAGCCUACAGCAGGUUAACGCUGAGGUUUUAAGGAGUGUUUCACCCUGUGUUGCUUUUGAGUAAAGCGCCAUACAGGACGGCCAAUCAGAAGAGAGCUCAUUUGCAUACAUCAUUCUUAAAGGUACAGUACCAAUUACAGUCUGAGGGAUAAAGAGAGGUUGGAAAAUGAUGUAAGGUUGAAUUAUGACUGUUUGUGAUAUGUAAUUCCACACAAAUGCCAUAUGUGGUGCACAAAAAAAAAUACAGGAAAAAUGUAGGAUAUGGGCCCUUUAACCAUGUGUCUCUGUUCAUGUUACUGGUUCCUGAUUAAAUUGUUGUUGCUUAUGCUCAUCA